GUUCGGAACCUCGAAGAACGAAUCAAGGUCGAUCAGCUCAAGGAAGCGCUCGAGGAGAUCUUCUCUGAAUAUGGCAAUGUCGUUGAGAUCGUCGCAAAAACCAACCUGAAGGCCAAGGGGCAAGCGUUCGUCGUUUUUGACAAUGUCGAAUCUGCUACCCGCGCCAUUGAUGAGAUCAAUGGGUUCGACCUUUUCGAUAAGCCUAUGGUGCUUGACUAUGCGAAGACACGGAGUGAUGCCACCGUUAUGCGGGAGGGAGGUGCAGAUGAGCUUGAGGCCCAUAAGAGGAGGCGGUUAGCUGAGAAGGAACGCAAACAAGCCCACGAGGCCCUCGAGGCUCAAAAGAAGCUUAAACGUCCCGCUGGAGCCGCCGAUGCUGCCCGUCCAGCAAAGACAACCAAAGGCGCAGGCCUCAAGCCGACCAGUGGUGCUGCCGCAGCCGUCAUCCCCGACGAAUACCUUCCCCCCAACAAGAUUCUUUUCUUGCGGGAUCUGCCCGACACCGCAGACCAGGACACGCUUACGUCGGUCUUUGGUCGCUUCGAGGGAUUCCAGGAAGUUCGUCUGGUGCCGGGAAGAAAAGGAAUUGCUUUCGUCGAGUACGAGAACGAGUCCGGAGCGAUCAGCGCGAAGGAGGCCACCUCGGGAUUGCCCAUGGGAGACAACGGCAAGCCCAUUCGGGUCACUUACCAGAGACAGUGA